AUGGAACAAAUAAUUAAGUUUAUUUUUUUUACUAAAAUUUCUACUUUUAUCCUUUUAAAUUGGAUAUGUUAUUUUUACACUGACAUGAGCAGUUUUAACAAAUUUUUGUAUGAGAACUAUGACUUUGGUAGAAAAUUAGAUACACGAAUUUAUCGAUUAUUAGGAAAAUGUGAAAAGUAUAUUUUUGCAAAUGUUGGAGAUUUAGAAUUAAAGAUACAAUAUAAUACAAAAAGAAGGAACGAAAAAUUAAUUACAACGGAUAAUAAAAAAUGGGACAAAGAAAAAAGAGAAAAUUUAUAUAGAAGCUUAUUAUAUAAAGAAAAAUUGAUUAAGGAACUUAUGAAAAAUAAAUGUACAAUGUUUCAUAAUUCAUAUAACCAUUAUGAAAAAAAAAUAAUGAAUGGACUUGAUGAUAAAGCUUUUUUUAAAAAAAUGAUGUUAAUUAAUGAUAAGGAUUACAAAAAAUUAAAACGUAAAAAAUAUGGAUUACGACUUUUUUACCUUUCACUAUUGUUCUUAUUGGUAUUAGUGAUACCUAUAUUAGAUUUAUCAUUUGGGGAAUUCCAAGAUGUGGGCUAUUUAUUUAAUCAAUUAUGCGGUUUAUCAGGACAAGAUUCCUCUGUUUCCCAAGGAGGUGCUGAUAAUAGUGGCUUUUUAUCUAUUUUAUUGUCCUCUACAUGUAAUGAUUAUAAAAUUAUAGGAUAUAAAGUAUUUGGUGUUCUAAUGUAUUGUUUACCUAUUUUAAUAUUGGGUAUUAUAAUUAUACAAGGAAUUUUUUAUUAUUAUAAAAAUGUUAUAAAACAGAAAAAAAUUAAGUUCUUGGAAGCGUUCAAUGAAUGGUAA